AUGAUGACCCAGGGCUCGCUUGAUGGCACUGCCGAAGGCGCUACCUUGCUACCUGGCUCAUCUAGCCUUUUGGGAAUUGGCGGAGAAAAGGGAGGACGGAGGGGAGGUCUUGGUGUCUGGUACCCCUUGCCUACUACUGAAGAGAAAAUCAAAGACGAGGUUGCCGACUUCUUAGUAACUACUCCAUUGAGCGGAGACGAAGCCCCUGCUGCCCACGGAUCGCCCGCAGCGCCGAUUUCUGUCCGUGCAGCGCUCCAGAAGGUAGCAUAUACCAUGCCGAUGGAUACGCUGAAGGACUCUAUCGAGGAGAAAAAGGCAUUGUUUAUUCGUUACUCCCUGUUAAAGAAACAUGGACGAAUCAAGAUCCUGACUGGCUAUCGUGACGCACACAUCUAUUUCUUCCCGUACUGGGUGAAGGAGAUGGCCCAAAGGAAUCAGAAGUUCCAGAGCAUCAGUGAAGAUCUGCUUGGUUGGUGGGCAAAGGCCGGCUGGCAGAACGGCCUGGCCGCAAAACUCGGCAUCCAGGACCUGUUUUGUUCGGAGAAAGACCUAGAGGGCAAAACCGAUAGCCACUCGAGCGGACAGAUUGAAGAGGAAAUCGACCUCAUGAGCAUGAGCACGACCAAGUCAACACGCGCAUUCGAUAUACAGUCUAAAAUGCUUUCAUCAAAUCAAUCGAGUAACCUCCACUCGACUGACGAUCAUAUCGAAAGCUCAUCGGCAACCACUGCUGAGAAAAUAAACACACCCCCACUCCUCGGCUACAUUGCUCCAUCGCAGCCUUCCGCAUCAUUGAUUCGACGAGUAGACAAUUCGGCCCUUCUCCUCUCCAUCUCUCUCCGUCUCGCAAAGUUAGAUGCCAUCAACGACCCCCACCCACCCAACACCACCAUUUCACCCUUGGCCCAUACGAGUAAAAUCGCCUAUCCACCUGGAAUCGCGCAACGCUGUACAAUCACUAAAUCCGACUGUCUGCUUUCCGAGAACGUCACGGUCGAGGAAAAAUGCAUCAUCAAGGAAUCCGUCAUUGGAGCGAACUGCCAUAUUGCAUCGGGCGCGCGACUCACUCGAUGUUUGCUCAUGGAUGGCGCCGUGAUUGGUGAAAGAUGUCAAUUGGUUGGAUGCAUCGUUGGCCGCAGGAGUAAGGUUGGUCGUGACUGUGUGUUGAAGGACUGCGAGGUACAGAAUGGAAAUAUCGUACCCGACGAGACGGAUGCGAAGAACGAGAAGUUUAUGAUUUUCGAGGGACUAGAUGAUGACAUGUCUAUGGCAGGGGAGGGAGCCGAUUCGGGCUUUGAUGGGAAGCAAGAUGACACGGCUUGA